CCCAGUAUCUGAAAAGUUCUUCGACAACAAGCGAAAUGUCUGGCAGAGGAAAGGGAGGCAAGGGUUUGGGAAAGGGCGGUGCGAAGCGCCACCGCAAGGUUCUCCGAGACAUCAUCCAGGGAAUCACGAAGCCGGCGAUCCGGCGGCUGGCAAGACGUGGUGGCGUCAAGCGGAUCAGUAGUUUGAUCUACGAGGAGACCCGUGGCGUUCUGAAGAUCUUUCUUGAGAAUGUUAUCCGUGAUGCCGUCACCUAUACGGAGCAUGCUCGCCGGAAGACUGUCACAGCCAUGGACGUAGUCUAUGCGCUCAAGCGCCAGGGGCGUACUCUUUAUGGCUUUGGCGGGUAAAAAGCUAGGGUUUGUGGUUGGGGUUUGGGUUAUUCGGAUGUGUAGUUUUUUACUGCUUUAAUGUACUAAGAUGUUUGGCUUUUAUAUCAGAAUCUUAUGUCACCGUUUAAUGAUAAUGUAUUUUGAUCUAUGAAUAUGUGUUGUGAAGCGCAUGAAAUCCUUUUGAGGUUUUUA